GAUAAAAGACGCUAAUGCUACGCUUCUUGUAUUAUAUUUUGCAUUUAGACGAAAUUAUCUGGGGACUUUAUAAGUUCGUAUUAUGGAGGAGAAGGAAUUAACAGAAGAGGACUCUUUUGAGUCCUUGGAGGAGUUCCAGAUGGUUCUCAGCGAGCUUGUUGGGGACAAAAGUAUGGACAAGAUCCGGGUGGAGUACGAGAAGCUCAUCCACGCGCUGAAAACGUCACGAGGAAAUGAAAAGAGGCUGAUGGCUAAAUGCAGGGAGUUGAAUGCAGAAAUUGUGUCGACCUCAACUAAAGUAGCAGCUGCCCUGAAACUGUCCCAAGAAGAUGAGACAACAAUAACUUCACUGAAGAGGGAGCUGGAUAAAGCUUGGAAGAUGGUUGAUGCUGCUCAUGAUAAAGAUAAGACGGACAAAGAGACCAUCAGGAAUUUGAAAGAAGAGAUUUCCAGACUCACAAAAAUAAGUGAACAACAAAUGGGCUUCUCCACAGACCAAGAGCGAAGAGAUUUACUUAAAAUGAUUGAUGAGUUGACAGAGGAGAGGAAUCAGCUGGAAACAACUGUGGAGGGUCUGAGAGAAAAUCUAAAGAAGGCAACUGCAACUCAACAGGAGAUAGAAGCCCAAAGAGAGAACGCAGCACAAAAUAUUUCUCAGCUUCAGCAGGAGCUUCAGGUGCAACAGAAUGAGAUUUCCCGAGAGAUAAGGCUGAAGGAAAAGCUGGACAAGCAGGUUAAACAGCUGCACAUUGACAUGGAGACCAAGAUGGCUGAUAUUAAAGCUCUGAAUCUGCAGAGCCAGAAAGCCAGAGAGGAGCAGCAGAAGCUGGAGCAGCAGCUAAAAGAGCUGAAAAUCCUUCAUGAGCGAUCUACCAAGGAGUUGGAGCAGAUGCAGGUGAAGAACGCCAAGCUGCAGCAGGAGUGUGAGCAGCUGUCAUCAGCCAAAGAACAUCUCUCUCUGGAAAAUCAGCAGAUAGCAAAUGAGCUGAAGAUGAGAGAAGAAGAAGUGAGUCAGAUGCGUCAGGAGGUUGCCAAACAAAUAAAGCUGAGAGAAGCUAUCCAGAAGAAGCUCCACCAGCUGGAGGAUCAAAAGGCUGAUGUGGAAGUUCAAAGGGAGACACUAAAAGCUCAAAUUACUGGUCUUGAGAAAGAUCUUGAAUCUUCCCAAAAGCAAGUUGAAGUUGAGAAAAAAGCCAAAGAAGAGCUGAUUCGAGAAAGGGAUAAUUUAAAUAAGAACAUGAUCAAAGCUGUGCAGUCGACUGAGAAACAGCAGAACCUUGUGAAGCUUCUGGAGCAGGACAAGAAGACCUUGGAGCAUGAGAUAAGCGGUUACCGCCAGGAGGCUCAAAAGCAACGCAAGAUCAUCCAACAGCUGGAAAAAGAGCGCGACCGCUACAUCAACGAGACCAGCAGCCUCAUGCAGAAGGUGCAACAAAAAGUGAACGAUGUUGAAGUGAGAGAGACAGAAAUAUUUGACUGGAGGAAGAAAGUGACUGAGGCAGAGAGCAAAUUUAAACAGCAGGAAAACCUGCUGGAGUCCGUUGUAUCUGAAAGGAACCUCUACAGCAAAAACCUCAUAGAGGCUCAGGAGGAGAUUGCAGAGAUGAAGAGAAAGAUAAAGACUAUGAACAACCAGGUUACCCGGCUGAGAGAUGAGAUCAGUGGGAAGGAGCAGGCCUUGGCCAAAGAUCAGCAGGAACACAAGCGCUUAGAGAAAGACAAUGAAGCCCUUAAGGUCGAGCUGCAGUCAAUAAAGCUGCAGCUAGAAGAAACAAAGCAGCGUGUUGAAAGUCAAAGAGCAGAACAGCAGAAACUGCAGAAGAUAAUCGUCAACACAGAGAGCGAGCAGACCCAACUGAAGAAACAGCUGGAGCAGGUGAUCAGAGAGCGGGACAGCCUGGGCAAACAGCUGCUGCAUCGUAAUGAUGAGCGGACGCUGCUCUAUGAGAAGAUCCGGAUCCAGGAGUCAAUCCUGAGCAAGGGGGACUUCCACUACAACCAGAGGUUGGAAGACAUCCACCUGCUCAAGCUGGAGAUCAGAAGGCUCCGACGCAAGAAGAGCAUCCUGAACAAGAGUUUACCCAACACUGAGGAGCUGAGGCAGGAGCUGUUCCACCUGCAGAAACAGCUGCUCAGAGAGAGAACCAGGAACAGCGUACUGGAGGAACAGCUGAAGCCCAUAAAUAUUCACAGAUGGAGGCGACUGGAGGGCAGCGACCCCAGCAAAUACCAGCUCAUCCAGAAGAUUCAGGCCUUACAGAAGCGACUGAUCGCUAAGACUCAGGAGCUUGAGGAACAGGAACUUGUGUUGCAGGAAAAGGAGAAGCUGUAUGUGGAGCUGAAGCACGUUCUGGCCCAGCGGCCAGGUCCAGAGGCAGCUGAGCAGCUCCAGCAGUGCCAGUGGACCAUCAGAGACAGAACCAAAAAGCUUAAGGCGCUAGUAGCAGAGCUGAGGAUGCUCGAUUCAAAGAUGAACGAGUACAAAAGCGAGAACCAACGACUGGCCAAUGAGCUAACAAACAUUAAGAAGAAAUAUCUCAGUCAGAAAAAACUCCAAAGUGAGCAGAAAACCAAGACCAAGAUGGAGCAGCUGGAGCCUCUGCCUCAGCUCGACAGUAAGCCUCACUUCACCGGAGGAGGCUUCAGGAUGGACAACCCUGUGAGACAAUAACAGCUUGCACAAGAAAAUGAACCAUCUUCCAUCAUUUAUAUUAAUUAAGAAGAUCAUGACCUCAUCUUGUAAAAGAAAAAACAAAAGUUUCUUAAUGUGUUUUAUAAGGCAAAACAAAAGAUUUUGAAUCAUAACAUGAAUGUUACGUGUGACGUGCUGCUGACCUCUUGGCCAGGUCACCCUUAAAAUGAGACCUUGAUUCUUAUUGUUUUUUUUUUUUAUUAUGUUAAAAUAAAGGUUAAUAGUUACAAAAUAUUUAGCACCAUUGCCCCAUAUUCUGCCU